AUGGAGAAAUAUGAAGUGAUUAAAGCAAUUGGGGAAGGUGCCUUUGGGAGAGCAUACUUGGCUAAAGGAAAAUCAGAUAGCAAGUACUGUGUUAUAAAGGAGAUCAAUUUCACAAAGAUGCCCAUUCAGGAAAAAGAAGCUUCAAGGAAAGAAGUCAUUCUUCUGGCGAAGAUGAAACAUCCUAACAUUGUAGCCUUCUUCAGUUCAUUUCAAGCACCUGAUUCAGAGCUUGUGUUGACGAAGCCCUUGUUUAUCCUCAAGCAGCUUAUCCAGCACAGAAGACCCUGGCUCUUGGCCAGCUCAGUUCUGGGUUGGUUUGUACAGGUCUGUCUAGGACUGAAACACAUUCAUGACAGGAAGAUCUUACACAGGGAUGUAAAAACUCAGAACAUUUUUCUGAGCAAGAAUGGAACGGUUGCCAAGCUUGGGGACUUUGGCAUUGCACGGGUCCUGAACAGUUCCAUGGAACUUGCUCGAACUUGUGUUGGAACACCCUAUUAUUUGUCCCCAGAGAUAUGUCAGAAUAAACCCUACAACAAUAAAACUGACAUUUGGUCUCUUGGCUGUGUCUUAUAUGAGCUCUGCACACUUAAGCAUCCUUUUGAGGGUAACAACUUGCACCAGUUGAUUCUGAAGAUUUGCCAAGCUCGUUUUGCUCCAAUAUCUCCCAGGUUUUCUCAUGACCUACAGUCCUUGAUGUCACAACUCUUUAAAGUAUCACCCCGUGAUCGGCCAUCUAUUAAUUCUGUUUUGAAAAGGCCCUUUUUAGAGAAUCUGAUUGGCAAGUACUUGGCUCCUGAGGUCAUACAGGAAGAGUUCAACCGCGAGCUCAUACACAGAGCAGGAGCUUCUGCUGCACAGCCGCCAGGGAAGACGGUCCCAGAUCCUAAAAGACAGAAAAUGAGAUACCGGGAAAAGUGCCCACCAAGACCAAGGCUGCCAAUACCAAUGAAAAGGAAGCACGUGUUGCCGAGAAGUGAAUGGAGACCGCCAAGUGGAGCCCCAAAGCCGCUACCUAUAAAAAUGGUAGAAAGGCCUAAGCUGGCUGGAGUGUGUGGACUUUAUGAUCAUUAUUAUCUUCAACUUGAUUUGCUGAGAAAGAGAUACGAGGGGCUAAAUUAUCACAGUGUUCCUCAAAAAGAUGUCAGAGUUGAGAAUUAUAAGCAGGAAGAAAACCACCAUCCAUCACUAGGCCAAUGGUCUGCUGAGUACCUAAAGAGGAAAGUUGAAGCUCAACAAUACAAGCUGAAAGUGGAAAAGCAAUUGGGUCUUCGUCCAUCAUCUGCUGAGCCAAAUCACCACGGGAGGCAGGAGUUAAGAAGGAAUGAAGAUUCUAGAUUCCAAGAACAACAACUUAAGAGGAACAAAAUAAAGGAACAGGAAUAUUGGAAGCAAUUAGAGGAAAUACGCCAGCAAUACCACACUGACAUGAAGGAAAUCAGAAGGAAGGUGGGCAGAGAACUGGAGGAGGACUCAAAAAUACAUCAUAAAACCUAUUUGGUGAAGACAAGUAAGUUACCUGACCACCAAGAAAGACCUGAGGAAGAAUUACCUGUGCAGAAAGGGAUAACAUUUGAAAUUAACUUAGAUAAAUGUAUUACUGAAGAAAACUUCCUACAAGAAGGAAAGGUAUGUGGAGACAUAUUAAAUGAAACUUUGAACUUUGAGGAUGACAGGAAGUUCAAGGAGGAUAAAUCUAUGAAACAGCAUGAAGAUUAUACAGACAAAGCGUUUGAACAACUCUGUUUCCCAGAAGCAGAGGUGGUUCCUCAGAAAGCUGCUGCCGCUGCGGCUGCAGAAAACAGGAGACAGUGGGGCACUGGGGCUCCACAGACGCUGCUGCGAAUGAUGGCAGCGGCUGAUGUCACCUCCACCUGCUCCAGCGAGCCUGCAGAUGGCCAAGUCCUUGUGCUUGAAGGAGUCCCAGAAAACAGGAAGCACUGGCGACAUGAAGCUCCAGGGACCUUACUGGAUGCCUUGUCAGCAGCACAUUUGAUGACCAGCUCAUUUUCUGCAAAUGAAGGAAAACUGGGAGGAACACUGCAACAAUGGUUUCCUAAAGAAGAUGAGGAUAAGGUUGAAGUGGCCUCUGACGUUGAACCAGAUGAAGAACAACCAGAAUCAAGAUCUGAUGACGAUGAUACCAUCUUUGCAUCACCUCCUUUCCCCGAACAUUUAAACCUGCCCUCAUGUGUUGGACUGUUAACCAACAGAUUGGCAGCUCACGUCCACCUGGAGGCAACUCGGAAGGAAGACCUGGCAAUGAAUUUUGAAGAAUCUGAGGAUGAGUUGAGAGAUGUUGUAGAGUCUCUUGAAAAACUCACUACUUCCAACGAGAAAGAAAAAAAUGAAGAGGCAUCCUGUUUUUCUAAGGAUGUGAAAGAGUCAGGAGACAGAGAACGGAUGAGCACUCAGAAAUAUGAACAGUGUAAUGAAUGCUUGGAGAGUAGUUUUACACCAUCUAAUGAUUUGUCUGACCCCAUCUAA